GGUAACGGCCGCUGGGGCGGCUCAGCUUAAUUGUCGGGCCCGCUGACACCAAGACACGUGAGCUGAGACAACCUGGUGCCAGAGCCAGAGCCCGAUGGCCCCUAUAUGGAAGAACCAGGCGUGGCAACGGACGCCAACAAGGCCAUUCAGCGCCAGCUAGCACCCACGUCCCCACUUCCCUCGCUUGCCACCUAGCGGUCGCUGGCCACUGUCGCGCUCCUCGCUUCUGGCUGGUGUUCAACCCUGUGCUUCUCCGCAUGACUCACAUGCUAGAGCGAUACCGGAUCACCACGUUGGGAUUUUUUGGGCGCCAGGUGCGCAUAGUGACGGAUAAGAUACCGGGGUUUAAAUAUCGUCAAUUGUCCUGAUCUGAAAACCUCCACCAAGAUGCGAAUUUCCCAAAAGUUGGCCCAGGCCCACUCCUCGCCCAACCCUCCUCCGGCAACCUUCUCGUUCGAGUUCUUUGUCCCCAAAACAUCGCAGGGUGUGCAAAACCUCUACGAUCGUAUGGACAGAAUGUACGACCUCAACCCCAUCUUCAUCGAUAUCACCUGGAACGCCGGAGGCAGGUCGUCCAGCUUGACCAACGACAUGGUCUACACCGCCCAGUCCACCUUGGGUUUGGAGACCUGUAUGCACUUGACCUGCACCAACAUGAAGGUCGAGCUCAUCGACGAAGCCUUGCAGAAAGCCUACGCUUCCGGGUGCGAGAACAUCUUGGCCUUGAGAGGCGACCCACCAUUGGACGGUAGCGAGUCCACCGGUGACUUCAAGUACGCCAAAGACUUGAUCGCCUACAUCCGUAAGAACUACGGCGACCACUUCAACAUCGGCGUGGCAGCCUAUCCCGAGGGCCACCCUGAAGAGGACCUGGACGACUUGAUCUUGGAGUACUUGAAGGAAAAGUGCGAUGUCGGUGCUGAUUUCAUCAUUACCCAAAUGUUCUAUGACGCCGACAACUUCAUCCUGUGGUGCGACAGGCUCAGAAAGAUCGGAAUCACCAUCCCCAUCAUUCCCGGGAUCAUGCCUAUUUCCACCUAUGCUGCGUUCAUGAGAAGAGCCAAGUGGUCGGAAAUUGCCAUUCCCCAGCACUUCUUGGAUGCGUUGGAACCCAUCAAAGAUGACGAUUUUGCCGUCAGACAAAAGGGUACCGAGUUGGUAAGUGAAAUGUGCCAGAAGUUGAUCGAUUCGGGCCACAUCAAGCACUUGCACUUCUACACCAUGAACUUGGAAAGAUCCACCAUCAUGGUCUUGGAAAGAUUGAAUUUGAUCGAGCCUGCCAAAUCGCAUGAAAUCGUUGGCGGCGCCGAAUUGCCUUGGAGAAAGUCACUCCAUCCUUCCAGAUCAAAGGAAUCUAUAAGACCUAUUUUCUGGCAAAACAGAAAGUUUUCUUACAUCACCAGAACCGCCACUUGGGAUGAAUUUCCAAACGGUAGAUGGGGUGAUUCCAGAUCACCUGCUUUCGGAGAUAUUGAUUUGUGUGCCACUGAAUUGUUGAGACAAUCACCUAAGAAGGCUUACGACUUGUGGGGUUCUCCCAAAUCUUUACAAGACUUCUCCAAGAUCAUCAUUCUGUACUUGCAAGGAGACUUGAAAUCAUUGCCUUGGUCAGAUGGUCCCAUUGGCGACGACUCUGCUGCGAUUAUCGAUAACUUGAUUUCGUUAAACAAAAAAGGUUUCUUCACCAUGAACUCCCAGCCAUCUUUGAAUGCGGUUGAAUCUUCUAACAAGAUCUACGGUUGGGGUCCUAAGAAUGGAUAUGUGUACCAAAAGCAAUACCUCGAAUUCUUGUGUCAUAAAGACACUCUUGCCAAGUUGUUGGACCAAAUUGAUACCUUCAACAACCUGAAAGGAGAUAACACUUCUUCAGUCAUCAGUUAUUAUGCCGUUGACAAGCUUGGGAGCUUAACAACCAACUGCGAGGAAGAUGAAAUUAAUGCCGUUACUUGGGGUGUUUUCCCCGGUGAAGAGAUCUUGCAACCCACCAUAGUUGAAAGAACUUCAUUCUUGGCUUGGAAGGACGAAGUUUACCGUUUAUUCACCGAAUGGGUAAAGAUUUUCCAAAGUAACAUUCUUGAAAUUGAAAAAUCUGAAGCUGAUGAGUUUGUAAACUUCAUUACCAAGUUUAGUGAUGACUUUGUUUUGUGUAACUUGGUCAGCAACAAUUUUAUCGAUGAGAAUCAAACAAUCUUCAAAUUGAUUGAUGCGUUAGAGACCCCUGACUUAUAGGCGUCUCUCACUGGUCCUUUAUUGAUUUGCAUUUUUAAUGGCUUUCUUGGCUAUUUACGAAUCUUGUUCACUUGAAUUUUUGUUCCCUUUCUUGCCUCACAAAAAUACCUAAAUUUUCUAAUUCACUUAAGCAGGAUAUUUAAUUAGAGUACUCAACAUACUCUGAGAGUUCAGAAUUGCUUCAACACUUAUUUUGCAACUCCAAUGUUCAUCCUAUAAUACGCAACCUGACGCAAUGACAAUUAUGGUCGCGGUUAUUAUGCUUGCAUUUAAAAAAAGUACUAAGGUGAUGUUUCAUCUUCUGGUUUUCUUCAAUUCAUUUCAACAAUAGUUAUUGUUCAUUUUAAAGUCCACAUUCAGGCUAAAAGUCUCCUGUGUAUAGUGACAUCCUCAACGGUAUGGUUAUAAAGUAUAAAGUAAUUUUAUCUAUCAACGUGUAGCCAUCUGUAUGUUCAAUACAGAGUCCUUGGUAUUAUG